AUGUCGCAGAUGUUGCCGCCGGAGCCGCCGCGGGCCGAGUGGAGUCGCAUCGUGGCUGCCGCAGCCCGAACGACGAAUGCGUCCCUGACUGGCCGCCUCGACGAGUUCCUUGCCCAGCACGCAAACGCCCCAAAGACCAGCCUCCUGUAUGUAUAUUACAAGGAGUUGCCAGACUACCACAAUUUGUCGCAGCUGUUGCAGGCGCAGCUCGCCUACUUGUUCUUCCAAAGGGACCAAUGCCCGAUCAUGUACUGCAGCCGCGAUGACGACUGGUGGGUGUGGGACCAGACGCGGCGCGUUGUCAAGCGAUCGCUGACGAGGGUCAAGGCGAUCUUCCAGGCGAGGUUCCUUCCCGUGGUCCAGGAGGUUGCCAGGCGCUGUCGCGCAGAGAAAUGCUUUGGGGAUGGCGAGGAUGGCAACCCCCACCCCAAGCAGCAGUUUCUGGACAAGGCGGCGGCGGCGCUGGAGUGCCAGCAAGGCGUGGAGAAGAACAUCAGAGAAUCUGCCAUGCUGUUCGACGGGGAGGCCGCGUUCGACUUGGACCCGUACCUCUUUCAGCUCAGCAAUUGCGUGGUGGACCUCCGCUCGAACACCAUCCGUCCAGGCCGCCCGACAGACAUGACUUCCCUGCGCAGCCCGAUUCGCGUGCCUCAAAGGUGGCUGCAGAAUUCCGACCUCGUGGAAUCCGAGUCGGCCAGCGACCGCCAGAGGUCAUGGUCGAUCUUGCGGUCGCUAUAUAAGCGCGAGGGCGACCAUCACCCCGACGAUUGCGCGGAGGAGCUCGGGGACGCAGACGCGGAGAACUUCCAGCACAUGAUGCAUCUGCAGGCGCGCCUUCUCGAAGGCACGCCGCUCUGCAAGUGCGCGCUGCUGUGGUCUAGGCGGGGCCGCAAUGGCAAGGGCAUCUGCGAAAAGAUAUUCCAGGCUGCCUGGGGGGAGUAUUACGUUCCUGUCCGAGCCACAGUCUUCACUGCGGACAAGCGCUCCGAGCACGAGCACAAGGCGGCGGACGCCUUUCGUCGAGGAUUUCGCGUAGCCUUCGGCAACGAGGUGCAUUCCGCGGCUUGGAGCAACGCUGUCUUCAAGAGCAGGAACUCUACCGAUCCCAUCACCGCCCGCGCUUGCAACUCAGGCGAAACCGAGAAGAUGAAGCCCAUGUGCACUUACAUUUUCGCGUGCAACGAUAUCCCAUCGUGGGAGCAGGUCCCCAAGGGCUCGGAGCGCGACCGCCUGCUGCCGAUGUAUAUGCCGAAUAAGUUUCGCGACUCCUUCGACGCCCCCACGUCGCCGCGUUCUUUCCUUAAGGACCACGGGCUCGAGGCAGAGAUCGGCAGGCCCGAGUUCGCGAUUGGCCACUUGCUCAACCUCCUCACCAUCAGGUCAUCUGCGUCUUCGGGCGGAGGCCUCUCACUGCACGAGCUGGCGGCGACAGGGACGAAGACGACGGCGCACUGGCUCGAGGCGUGGAUGACCGAGUGGAGCAGGGUGGACGGCGACGGCGCUCACGAGGGCGAGGUGAACGGGGAGUCAUUCGCGCUCGUCCAGGACAUCCACGCUCGCCUCUACGCGUCAAGGACCCGCGCCCUCCUGCAGUGCCAGGUGGAUCAGACCAGGUGCGAUCUGCCACUAGCCGCCCCCAAGACGAAGCGGUGGGCUGUCCUCCUGGGCCACGUCCGCGCGCAAGGUCGCCUCGGGGCCAAUCUCGCCCAGAUCGGGGCCGCGAAGUCACGCAAGCAGAGAAUGCAGGCGUGCGUGACCGCACUCCCCUUCGACACGUCGCUGUACAACCAGUUUUUCUCGGACACCGCCACGUUCGGCGACCUCGCGGAGUACACGUACAACCUGUCCCUCGACGCUUUCGCCCCCGCCGAGGACGCGCUCGCCAAGCCCGCCGAAGCUGAAGUGCCGACCCGAAUGUGCCGCUACACCGUCUGCGAGGCAGCCAACUUGACCGCGCUGCGGGCCCGGCGCGACGCUGGGGCUGCCGUCACGGGCGAGCGUCGCCAGGAGGGGUUGUCCGCGCACGUGGAUCUCCUGAACGAGGCGGGCCAGGCCUGCACCAUGAAGGACGGCUUUCUCCGCCCGACCUCCGAGCCAGGGUGCCCAGACAUCCGCGUCCUUCGGCGCGAGUAUUACCAGCUCGACGAGAUCGGCCGCGCGCACGAGUCAGGCCCAGGGCUUCAGUCUUGCACCCGAGAGACGCGAGUCGUCGCGUUCGAGGGCCUCGCCGUGGGCGAAUUCGACAUGAUUGCGGCGUUCUACCAGAUACUCCUGCAGGCGCUGCGGCCACACGUUCCGGAUGGCGCCAUUGAGCGUGACUUUGGGAUCGUCAAGAUGUACGCGGACAAAUCCAAAGAGUGGCGCUCCGACGUUGCCCAGUACUAUAACAUCGACGUGCCCCAGGCCAAGGCGAUCUUCUCGCGGCUGCCGUUCAAGGGCAGCAUUCAGCCUGAUGCAUCCUGGGAAGGCGAUCGCUCCGACGACAUGCUGCCGUGCCUGAUGGAGUUGAGGAGCGCUUUCAGGCGUGGCCAGGAGACCCUCGCGGCCGAGUGUGACAAUUACAAGAAGGCGAGGUCUUGGAAUUCGACGUUGCCGCUGGCUUGCCCGACCGCGCGUGGCUUCAGGUUUCGCUGCUUCCCCGCGGCGAGCCCCGCCGCGGCGGCACGGGCCGCUAGCGACGCGAGGACUUCCAGGAACCGCAAGGCUGCAUCCAUGGAGAAGGUGUUGCAGAAGGCGCAUCCAGGGUCCUCGGCGCUGGCGCUGUACCUUCAGACGAAGGAAGACGAGAUUCUCGAGAGCAUGGCUGCUGCUGCCAAGGGGCUGCAAGCGUGCGUCUUGAGCUUGGUGUUCGACGGCAUGUACGUGGCCAUGCCUUCAAUGCCCGACAUCGCGGGACUGUUCGACUCGGUGGCCGGCCACGUCUGGGAGACGCACGGUGUCCGCAUCGCCUUGAAGGCAGCGGGUGGCGAGACGAUCAAGGCGUUCGCGGCUGCGUCGAAACGCAGCCGCUCGAGCGAUGAGGACGAGGCUGAGACGGCCCAGAAGAAGGCGAAGGUGUGCCACCUGACCCAGGAUAUGGAGAAGCUGUUGGAUAUCGACGCGUCCGCGGCGGCCAGCGGCGCGCACCAGGGCGGCGGGCCGCCCUGCGCCCAGGAGGAGCAGCGCGGACACGGACAAGGCGGCGGGAUGCUCGGCGCCGCGGCAGCCAGCGGCGCGCCCGAGGGCAGCGGGCAGUUAAUCGCACAGGAGGAGCAAUUCGGCUGCGAGCCAGGCGGUGGGCCGCCUGAUACGCAGGAGCCGUCGAUGGCAGGCCGCUGGAAUGAGGGCGACGCGGUCGUCUCCGAGGCGGCUCACGGCGGUGCGUGA